AUGAAGACUGUGAUUCUGCUAUUUUGUCUUCUUGGGUCAACUCUGUCAUUACCAAUGCAGUUCCCUGCUUUGGGACUUCCUCCCACAAAGCCGGUUCCGGAUCAGGCAACACAACUAAACCAACAGCAGCCAAAUCAGGUCUUCCCUUCUUUAAAUCUAAUACCAUUGACACAGAUGCUAAAACUGGGGUCAGAUCUGCAACUGCUAAACCCUGCUGCAGGAGUGGCACCUGGUGCCCAGACCCUCCCACUGACCCUGGGGGGUCUGAAGGCACAACAACAGCUGCAGUCACAGAUGUUACCAAUUUUUGUAGCACAAUUUGGAGCACAGGGUACUAUCCUAAGCUCAGAGGAAUUGCCAGCGGCCCCGCAAAUCUUCGCAGGCCUCAUCUUCCAGCCCUUGUUCCCUGGAGGCAUCCUGCCCACCAGUCAGGCCAAUCCAGACGUCCAGAACGGAAUCCUUCCUGCAGGACAAGGAGGAGUAAAGCCCGCCAUCCAGGGAACCUCAGAGAGCCCCUUGCCAACUACCAGCGACACAGACGAUGACUUUGGAGGGACCACCCCUGAAGGCAUACAGAGGGGCAUGCGCACUACUGAGGAAACCAUCACAAAGUCCCCCAAUGAAUUUUCCACAGACCAGCUUCUGGCUUUAAACUUUAGAGACCUUUUCUCUCUUCCAUUGCCACGUACUUCUGCCACCAAGCACUCAGAACUAGUUCAUAUUGUGAUGCUACCUCUCACCUUUCACUUUGGUGUCCCAACACUUGAUGCAUUGCGACAGUGCGGGGGCAGGAGUAUUCCUGAGAGCCAUUUCUAA